UCUCCUUUGCUGUUAGACUCUGCACAUUAAUGAGUUUCAUAUACUUUUCCAUUGUUGCACGUCUUUCUUGUUAAAAAUAGUUAAGUUUUCGUUCAAAUACAUAAAUUCAAAUAUGUCUGCGGACGAAUCUCGUUUAAAAGGCAUUCCUCUUAAUGCCAAGAACCCAAAAAUCUCGAGCACUCAGCGGCUGAUGACGAACUCCAAGAGAAAAGUGARAAGCGCUGAACUUGCUCUCAAAAACCAGAUACUUUUUCAUGCACCAGAAGACGACUACGACCCGUAUUUAGAGAAUUUUGAAAACCCUYUCAAGUAUUUUAAGCAGAACUACAAGAAUCAGAAAAUGGAUCUAACAAAUUGUAGCGUUGGACCUGUUUUAAUUGACGACAUGGCUCAAGCCUUCUUCCCAUCAAUGACAGUAACUGUACUGUUGCUUGGCAACUGUAGACUUGGAAACGAGGGGGCACGCAUCGUUGUUAGAGGGCUAAUGAGUAAUUUGACUGUCGAAGAGUUGGAUUUAUCGGAUAAUGGAAUAACUGUAAGUGCCAUGGGAAUUAUUGGAGAGCUCUUGCAAUGUAAUAUGACUCUCGAGAAAUUGAGUCUUGCUGGGAACUCCUUGACAGACGAAGCUGUGGAUCCUUURCUGAAGUAUCUUCACAGUAAAUGCCUUCUGAAAGAAYUGGACUUGAGUCGGAAUAUACUAUCUGACGGCUUUGGUUAUUCUGCAGCGGACAUGCUUUCAGCUAACAAAACCCUUGAGUCACUCAAGCUAUCAUCCAAUCAGCUCGCUAGUACAGGUCUUGCUGCCAUGGUUACAGGAUUACAGAAGUCCAGACACCUUAACUUUUUGGAUGUCUCUUGGAAUUAUCUUUACGACGCAGGCGCGAAAGCCGUAGCCGACAUCAUUCGAUUGAAUAAGUCGAUAUCUACUCUCGUUGUUUGUGGUAACUUUAUCAGAGCAGAAGGUGCCUCAUAUAUAGCAGAUGCUCUGAAGAAAAACACUACUCUUCAAAGACUAAAUAUCAGUCAUAACUUUAUCCAAAAUGAAGGAGCUCAGUUGCUUCUUCGCUCAAUUUCAUAUUGCGUCAAUACUUCUCUUAAAGAAUUGGAUUUGAACGGGACACUAGUUAACGCUGGUUUUGUCAAYUAUGUGAAAAAAGAUCUACACGAAAAAUUCCCUAAUCUUAAGGUGUUGCGUUACACAGAAUUUAGGSAGUAACGCAUAAGGUAGCGUGACGGAUUAACUUCGACAGUUUAGUUGGAAAUGCAUUGUUUGUCUAGCACAGUCAA